CCUGUUCAAGAUGCAGUCCCCCCUUUGGAACAACGCCGUUUCUGUCUUGACUCGAAGUGACCUCAAACAAACCUAGUUCUUCUUGUCCUGCUGCACAAUGUAUCUUGUCCUCCCACCUAGGCCUUUUCGCAGGUUCGCGCUUUUGACUACUUCUCGGCUCACGUUAACCGCUUCCCGUCACCAGGGCUUGAGACAAGUACCCGAUAACGGCGAGAAUCCAGUCAUACUAGACAGCGACAUGUGUCCAUACAUGCUCAUCCCCCACGGGCCCAAUCCGUCGAAACCCCUGAAGCGGUGUCCCGGCAUGCGCACGCUUGGAGAUGAUGGGGGGGAGGUAGACUGGGAAAUGAAAAGGCUUACUUUUGCACAUAUAAGGCAGUGUUGGAGGGCGGCGACAGCGUGGAUCAACGAAGCGAGUGUGUUCAAGGAGGGCGAAGAGGCGGGCGUUGCUUAGGUGUGGAUGUUGCGGCGACAAGGUGAAGGAGAUUGAAAGUGGGAGGCGGUGUAGUUGCUAGAAUGCUGAAGUUGUGUCGUAUCAUGUUAGAUCGAGUCAGUGCACGUACACAAGGCAUCAUGUAA